AAGCUGAUCUCCAUUUCCUUUGCAGUUCUCUACAACCAUAAGCUACACAGUACUUCACUAUUAUACCUUUAUAAAGGGAACCAAUCGUUCGCAACAUAUUUACAAAUGACAAAAAGCACAAAACAACAACACGACUAAUACGUUCGGAGUUGCCAAUCUAGCGAUAAUCGGCCGUCGUGAUUUUCACAGAUCCAGAGCACUACAGUCGUACAUCCUGUUUAUAUUGAGAUCACCGGACGGGACGGACGGACAGGGCUGUGAAUAUUAACUUUGAUGUGACUGCGGGGUUUGUCUUUCGUACGCUAGAUAUUUCUUUGUUUUUGUUUUGGCUUUGGAACGCUCUGAAUCUUUGACACUUGCCGAUAUAUAUAUAUAUAUACAGUAGUGUACCGGUGUUGUUUUGUUUGUAUGAUAUGUUGAUGUGAUGACAACGAGUUGUUAUUGUGUGUUAUGUGGUGGUAAAUAGUGUUCGACCUGUCGCUGUUGAUUUAGUGAUCAGCUGCGUUUUAUUUCCUUUUUAGCUGUAGAUCAUAACAGAACUGAUAAGAGAGACACUGAAUUUUUAAACUGAAAGUUAACUGUUAAUACACAAACUUAAAUAGCAUAGACUCCAUUGUUUCCUUAUUUUUUACUGAAGAUGGAAGUUAAUGUCGUGGGCACAUACGGCAAAAAAGAGAAAUUUAGUCAUCAAAGAGUUCCAUCAGGAUCUCAUGAAUUUAAAGAAAUGACUAAACGCGACGCUGUUAACCAACUGCAGCAUGAACUUGACAGCCUGUUGAGUACCGCCACUGAGAAUCAAAUUCCAAAGCUGAGAACACAACUUGAAUGUUUUAGGCAGCUUUUUGAGCGCUUUCUCAGCGAAAAGGGUCCAUCAAUUAUCUGGGAACGUAUUGAAAAGCUUCCCGAAGAUGCCGUUAAGGAUUACUUUUCUCUUCCGGAACCGUCAACACAACUCGUGCGCGAGAUGUUAAACAAACUUGUUGUAAUCAAGUUGAAUGGUGGUCUGGGAACUUCAAUGGGUUGCCAUGGCCCUAAGUCUAUGAUUCAUGUGCGAAACGAAUUAAAUUUUCUUGAUCUCACUGUGCAACAAAUUGAACAUCUCAAUAAGACGUACGAUGUCAAUGUACCCCUUGUUUUAAUGAACUCGUUCAACACCGACGAUGAUACCCAAAAAUUUGUACGUAGAUAUAAAGGUCUUAAAGUCGAGAUAUAUACUUUUAACCAGAGCUGUUUCCCAAGAAUCAGCAGGGAUACGUUACUACCGAUUGCAAGAACAUGUGAUAUUGAAGGUGACAUGGAAGCAUGGUAUCCACCUGGCCACGGUGAUUUUUAUGACAGCUUCAGAAACUGUGGGCUCUUAAAAGAGUUUAUUCAACAAGGUCGUGAAUAUUGUUUUAUAUCUAAUAUUGACAACCUUGGUGCAACUGUUGAUCCAAAAAUUCUGAAUCUUCUCUUUCGCCCCGAAGACAGAUCACCAGAAUUUGUGAUGGAGGUAACAGACAAGACAAGAGCUGACGUGAAAGGUGGUACCUUAAUACAGUAUGAACAAAAGUUACGAUUGCUGGAAAUUGCACAAGUUCCUAAAGAACAUAUCGAUGAUUUCAAGUCAGUAAAGACUUUCAAAUUCUUCAAUACAAAUAAUUUAUGGGUAAAACUCAGUGCUAUAGAACGAGUACUGCAAGAAAAAACACUGAACAUGGAAAUUAUUGUGAACAAUAAAACAUUAGCUAACGGACUGAAUGUUAUUCAACUAGAGACUGCUGUAGGUGCAGCAAUGAAGACUUUUAAUGGUGGCCUCGGUAUAAAUGUUCCUCGGAUGCGUUUCUUGCCAGUCAAGAAGACAUCAGAUUUACUGUUAGUGAAAAGUAACUUAUAUAGCCUCAACCAUGGCUCUCUUGUUAUGAGCCCUUUACGCAUGUUCCCCACGACACCAUUGGUCAAGCUGGGUGACAAUCAUUUUGCAAAAGUAAAGGAAUUUCUAUCAAGAUUUGCAGAUAUUCCAGAUCUUCUUGAACUUGAUCAUUUAACUGUUUCUGGUGAUGUGACAUUUGGGAGGGGUGUGUCUCUGAAAGGCACUGUAAUUAUUGUUGCUAAUCAUGGUGACAGAAUUGAUAUACCAUCUGGGGCAGUGUUGGAAAAUAAAAUAGUGUCAGGCAAUUUGAGAAUUUUGGAUCACUAGUACUGUGUUAAAAUUCUGCAAUGAUGAUUCAGUGUUUAUGUUUGCUACAAAAAGAAAUGCAAACAAAUUGUUAUGUUUCAUCCAUAUUUUAGAUUUUCUUGCAUUCACUAGUCCUGAUUUUUAUGUUUGUUAAUUACUAUUAGUAAUCUGGAUUCACAGUUGUACCAAUGAAAAUUUUAUUCAGUUUUUUUCUUACUUCUGAUAUGAACCUGUAGUUAUUGCCACCCCUUUGCAUUUGGACUUCAAAUAUUUGUUACUCUUACCAUUUCAGAUAUUCAAGUGAGCUUAAUGUCAGUAUAUGUACAGGAUUUAAAAUUGUAACUAAUUCACUGUUAAGGUGUUGCUUAGAAUUUUAUGAGUUGUUGCCUGUGGUUCAUAGUGUUGUCUCAAGGUUUCAGUAAUGGUAAAUCAUCAGAUAUGUCGUGAUGAUCUCUUCUCCAGGACCUAUUAUAAAAUUAUUGCCUGAGUAAGUGAUUUUACAUGAGUUCUAUGUUAUGCAGUUUGUGAGCACUAUUAAACUAUAAAAAGGAACACAUCUAUUAAUAGAAGUAUAUAUUCUUUUAAUGACGAUCUAUUGUAAAUGAUGUCUGCAUCUCAUAUAUUUCCACUGCUUUCAGGAGUUUAGCAUCGAUGAGUUAUACAGAUUUCUUAGUCACAAUACAACUUACUAUUAAUUUUAUAGUAUUUUUUGGUCACAGUUGAUUCUUUCCUGAUGUAAAAAUUGCUUAAAUGGUUCUCAAGUGUGACAACAGUACACCAUCUUUAGGUUCAGAUGGUACUGUAGGGUGCUGUAAUGCCAAUCCAAUGUACAUGGUAGCUUGCAAGAAAAACAUAGACAACAAGAGGUAUGGAGGGACUAAAUCACUGCAGAGGAAUUUGACAUGAAGAAUUUCCUUUCAGAGAAAAUACUAUGGAUCUCACACUGCAUUGAAAUCCUGGCUGCAGACCAGGACCUAGGCAUUGUGACAAAUUAUUACUGUCUAUCUUGUGUGCCCUGGUUUCAAGCCCCUGUUAGUGUGUUUGAUUCAUUGUUCUAAUCCCCUUCACCUCUUCUGGGCAUUUGAAUUUUUGCUAUGGGCAUCCAUGUAAACUUGUCACUACAUCUCCCUAUAACAGCAUAAGUUCAAGAAAAUAGUGAGCAGCUGUUGUAUAUAAAUAUAUGCAGGUAGUGUGUUACGACAGCAUGCAACAUUAUGCUAAAGGACCGUUUAUACAGUUACUUACGUAUAAUUUUUUUCCAAUGCCAUUACAGUGCACAAUUCAGAUAAACGAUAAUUCAUUAAAUAAAUCGGAUACUAUAUUGUCUAUUUCCUGAUUUAAUAACACUUGUUCAUGGUACUGUGCAGCAUUAAUACUGCUUUGCCAUUGCCUGUUUCACACUUACUUCUUCUGUCAAGCUGUGUGAAUGGCUGUAUAAUUUAUUUUGCAUAAGAGGAGAAAAUUCAUGUAGGUCUAUACAAUUUAGUUAAGGGUAGGGUAAAUUCAAUCUUUUGUGUUUCAUAUUUGGAUCGUGUGUGUAUCGCUUAUUUGUGGAAAAUGUCACACUUAAUGGACAUUCACCCUGAAUGUUGAAAAGUUUUCUUAAAAACAGUUACACUGAACAGUAAAUCAGAAAGUACUUUGUGCUGUGAAAUUACUGUUAGUGUAGACUGCAUGCAAAAAGUAGUAGUGUGUUAGAUAUAAAUCCAUUGUUUUGUAGUAAAUUACUACUGAACAUGAUAACGUCUUGUGAAAUGUUAAAAAAAAAUAUUGUUGUAUAGUUCAUAGUUUUAGCACACACAGUGUGAGAGUUAAAUCAGAAAUGUUGUUUGUAAUGGAAUACUAUGCAAAGUAUAUUUGUAGACCAGGUAUAAAAUGUAAUAGUAUGUGUUAUGAAUUUCUGUGAGCUACUGUGGUGAUAUUACAAAUAAUUGAUUGUAAAAAUUGUGCUGUUAAAAUUUGUGCAUUAGAAACAUUGAAAAGUUUUAGCUAUUAAACUCAGUUGAGUUGUGUAAUACCUUACUUACAGUAAGAAAAUGACAGGAUUGCUUCUGUGGGUUGUUAUCAGUUUAGGAAAUGAUGAGAAUAUAGGAAGAGUUUAUGAAAAUAUGAGGUCUGUAACUAGCCUAACUGCAACAAGAUCAGAUUGCAUGCUCUAUCCUAAGUGCAAUGGAUUGUGUUUCUGUAGUAUGUAAUGUGUACUGUGAAGGAAAUUUUUAAAGUUAAAACUUUAAGAAGCAAUAUAAGAUGGAAUAGAUAUAUAUGUAUUUUUAAAUCAUUUGGUACAUCAGUAAUCUCAUUUAUGAAGCUGUUCUUUUUCAAUUUUGGUGAGGUCCUUUUUGUGUAUUACUGCUAUGUAUGUGAAAAGUAAAUGUAGGGUGCUGAAUUGUGAAUAAACAUAGUAGACUGUUGUUGUUCUUUUUAUUUUAGCCUCAAAUUAAAACAAAUUGUUUUAUGGUGUUUCUAAAUUGGCUGUUUGGAAUAUUUCACCACUAGAAUGAAUAUAAUAUUUUAGAAAAAAGCUUUAUUUUCUGUCUGUUUUACUUUUUAUUUUCAUCCUUAUGAGUGAAAUAUCAGUACAUAGGUCCCCCCCCCCCUUCCAUAAGCUAAAUGAAAUAGAACAGCUUCUAGAUUUACAGUUGAUUCUCAGCAGGAGAUUGAAGUUGCUGCUAUUUGUUGAAGCUUCUAUAUUAUAACCAUAUUCUUGACCCAAGGUACAAAGAGAAAUAUAUACUGGAAUCUAUAAGUUAUCUUGUACAUAAUAAUCAAAUACUUGUGUAACAAUUGUGUGUGUUAACAUGUUUCAUAGAUUAAAUAUAUGAAACAUGUACCACAUCAAAUAUGUGGAUCUACAUAUUUUAAUGCACUAGACUCCCGCUGAGCUGGUCAUUCUUGCGACAUAUGGGUGCCGGAUUAUUUAGCGCCUGAAAUUUAUUUUAUUCAUUUAUUUUGUUUUUUAUUUAUUUUGAAAACAUAGGGGAUAUAGUGUACUGUACUUUAUUAAACCAAAGGAUACAAUUUUAAAACACAGGAUAUAGUUUAUUGAGUUCAAAAAUGCAUUAAUUUCCACAGAAAACAGUCCUCGGGUGUAUACUGUACGUAAUUAUACAGUCAUAUCACUGACUAUGAAACAUGUCCCUAAUUUUUAACUGUUGCAAUGAUGAUACGCAAUGGUAGCAUGCUUUAUCAUGCAACUGCUUUACAAGCAUUACAUUGGUACUGCACAUAUGUUUGUUGCCAAAUAUACUCCAGGAAGACCUCAGCACCAGCAGUGUGAGAAAUCUUAAUGCUCUCUCCUCUUGUGUCCUGUUCUUCAUCACUUUCAUCACUACUUUCUUGCACGCUUUUGAUUAUUUCUUAAUCUGUUAAAGUUUGGUCCUUAUGACAGUUUUCCUCAUUCAGCCACUUAGUAACAUCUUGAUCAUCAAUUUCUCCUCCUCCUGGAAGGUUGUGGUACAUGUCUGUGUACAAAGUAAUUGAUAAUUCCAAAUAGACUGGCUCAUCACUGUCACUCACUACUGGAUCCAACUAGUUAUGAAUGAGUGGCCACAAUUGUCUCCAGCUCUCAAUUAUGGUAGUACUCUCCACUUUAUCCCAUGCUUUGGCUGCUUGGAAAACAGCAUCAUGUAUGUUAAUUGAUUUCCACACCUUCAGCAUAGUCUCAAUAGAGUCGUUUUCACUUUCAUAUAGCAAGGAGAGAAGAAGUAAAUGUCGAUAACAAUGUUUAAUUCAUUCCAAAAUUUGUUGGUCCAUGGGCUGAAAGGGCUGUCACAUUGAAUGGGAGAAAGAGUGCUUGUAAAUGUACACCAUCUGACUUUAGAGGAACAUCUGAAGCAUGACUGAGAGCAUUGUCAAUUGUAAGGAUACCUUUCAGUGGAAGCUUUUUUCUUUAGCUCUUUUCUCACUGCUGGUACAAGUGUGUCAUGGAACCAUCGAGACAAUAUUUGUCUGUUCAUCCACGCUUUCUUCUGAGCGCAAUACUGUGCUGAUAGAGUAUUUAUGUCAGUGUGUUGAAAACCAUGUGGGUGUUGGGAUUUUCAAGUCAUCAUAAGCGGUAGUUUAUGACUCCCAUUGGCAUCUCAACUUGCCAUUAAUGCUACAUGCUGUUUGUUGCUUGUAACCACAAGCUUCAUUCUCGUUCCUGGCAGCUAAUAUUUUUGAAGGAAGCAUCUUGUAAAAAAGUCCUGUAUCAUCAACAUUAUACAAGGCAUCAGCUGUUAAAUCUUCUUCUAUUAUCUUCUGUAUCUUGCUUAAAAACUCAUCAGUGUCCUUUCCCUGGUGACUGUCAGCUGCCGAAUGCCAUUUUGUUCUUUCCAGUUUGAUAGCCAGACUUCACUUGCUGCAAACAAGUCACUACUGCCAAGUUGUUUGUUAAAUGGAGGUGCUUUUUCCUUUAUAAUCAGCCCACUGGCUGGAAUUCCUUUACUGUGUUGCUGUAUGAACCAUCUAUAAACAGCUACAUCCAAUUCUUCAUUCUCACUCUUUCGCAUAACCUUCUGUUUUUCCAACUCGCUAUCCAUUUGUGUUGAGUACUGUUGAAUAAUGUCCUCUUUCUUUUUGAUGUUGUAAAUACUUGCUCGUCCAACAUUGAACUCAGCAGCAAUGGCUUACAGCGAAGAACUUCGGUUUAACUUAUCUAAAAUUUCGAGUUUGUGCUUGAGUUCUAGCGAAACGUGUUUCCUUUUAGAAGAUAUGAUUCCGAAAUGUAAAGAAAGCUACCAUUUUAUUUACAGUAUAUAAAGCAUUGUUUAACUAAGCAUUGUCAUGCACGAUAAUUCAUUGUGCACUUGUUUUUGGGUGUGCGUCAGACUACUGUUGGCCUGAUUAGUGAGUCUCGUGUAAUGGUAGAAAAGUAUUAAUUUGUAAGUAUUUCAUUAUUGUUUCAUCUGAUUUUUGUACUGUUCUGAGAAUUUUUAUUUUCAUGUGCCAGUGAAUCUCCAUAUAUCAGAUGUACAGCAUAAUAUAAGAUUAUGCUUGAAAUAAUAGUAUGCUGAGGCUGACUAAUUCUCACCUCGUGAAUUUAUAUUUUGAUUAGAUAAAAAAUGUGUGUGUGAUCUUAUUCAGAUUUCAGAGUGUAACAGUAUUUGUCUGCUUUUUGUUUUGUGUACUUUAUGUAUAAUUUUUAUUAUUUGUUAUUAUAAUUGGAAGCAGUUGAAUUUUAUGUUACCUUUAAGAACAUCCCUAUCUGAUAAAAAAUUUUAUAUUUUGUUAUGUGCCUUUGUUUUUAAUCAUGUGUUGUCAUGAAUGGAAUAAAGAUUUGUAAUGACAGAUUGUACCCUCCUGUAGGGCUACAAUGGGUCAUGAUGCUUGAUUAUAAUAGAUCAUUUGUUUUUAUGUAAUGGGAAGUUGCUUUCCUAUGACAGAUCAUCAAAUGCACAUACUGAAGUGUAAUGUACCAUAUUUGGUUUUAUGUUUUUGUAUUAUUGUUCUGAGGAGUGAUUUGAUAUAUAGCACGCUGUUGAUAACAGAAAUUUUAUAUCUGUAAACACCAUUGUAACGUAUUGUAUGCAUGAUUUUUAUUUUGUUUUUUAUGUGAAUCUCUGUCUGUAAGUAGUUUGGCAAGAGUGUAAGCCAGCAGUCACUAAAAUUGAUGUGCCACAAAAGUGUGAUUUUUAUUGUAGUGUAACCUGUGGUAUAGCAUUUAUAUUCCAAUGAUGUGUAUUUUCAGCUGCAAGAUCUGUUGUUUAACUUAUUGGGAACAUCCUCAUUUUGUCAUCAGCAUUUGAGAGCUGUAGCAAAGCAUUUAAGUAACAGGUCUGAAAACAAGUGUUGUUUGCUGUUGAUGAACUAUUCAGUAUUAAUGAAUAUGCUAGUGGUUGUUUGUUAACAUAGCACAGUUAUCUUUUAUUUUCUAGAUCUGUAUGGUUACAAACCAACAAUUGUCAAUUAAUGUCAUAUAUAAAUAAUACAAUUAUUUUUUGUAAAGUGCUUGGUGUGUAGAAGUGACCAAAUAAAGCUCUAACAUUUGUGCAUCUGAAA